AUGGCGGGGGCUGCGAAGGACACCCCGGAGCGCCCGGCGGAGGAGGAGGAAUACAGGCUCUCGAUUUGCGGCAAGUUAUGCUAUGCAAUAGGAGGUGCCCCAAACCAAGUGGCAGGGAGUGCUGCUGCUUUCUUCCUACAGAUCUACCUGCUAGAUAUAGCCCAUAUUACUCCAUUUCAUGCCUCUUUGGUGCUGUUCAUCGGCAAAGCCUCAGGUGCAGUUACUGAUCCUGUUGCUGGCUUUUUUAUUAGCAAAAGUAGAUGGACAAAAAUUGGCCGGCUCAUGCCUUGGAUGCUGGCGUGUACACCCUUCACAGUGGUGUCCUAUUUUUUUAUGUGGUACCUGCCUCCUUUUGUAUCAGGGAGAGUUGCAUGGUACCUGACUUUCUACUGCCUUUUCCAAGCACUGACCACAUUAUUCCAAGUACCAUAUUCUGCCCUCACCAUGUUUCUCAGCACAGACCAGAAGGAGAGAGAUUCUGCAACAGCAUACCGAAUGACCAUGGAGGUGCUUGGGACCUUGAUUGGAGCUGCUCUUCAGGGUCAGAUUGUGGCCAGUGCUCACGUCUCUCAUCACUGCACUAUGAAUCCCCCAGUAAACACAACCGACUCCUGGCAUGACACUCCCAGCUUUCCAGACCCCUCAGAUCCCCUGUCUCAUCAAGCAAAAGUUUAUAUGAUUGCAGCAGGGGUCAUAGGAGGUGUGUAUCUUCUUGGAAUUGUCAUUCUUUUUCUCGGAGUAAAGGAAAAAGAUGAUCCUUAUGCCUUGAAUUCAGACAGAGCAAUUCCUUUUUGUAAGGGACUUGGACUCACCAUGAAGCACGGUCCAUAUGUGAAGCUUACUGCUUCAUUUCUUCUCAUCUCGACAGCAGUUCAGCUGGAGCAGAGCAACUUCGUCCUAUUCUGCACUCAUGCUGCUGAUCUUCGCAAUCACUUCCAGUAUCUGGUGGUGACCAUCUUGGUGUCAGCAGCUGUGAGCAUUCCUUUCUGGCAGAAGUUUCUGCAGCGAUUUGGCAAGAAGUGUGCAGCAUGUGGGAUUUCGUGGAUGAUUCCUUUUGCAGUCAUGCUAGUGACCAUUCCAAACCUCAUCCUGGCUUACUUUGUGGCCUUCGUCUCUGGUCUGAGCAUUGCAGCAUCUCUUCUGUUGCCAUGGUCAAUGCUGCCUGAUGUUGUUGAUAACUUUCGCCUGCAGAAUCCUCAUGGAAAAGGACAUGAAACCAUUUUCUAUUCUUCUUACGUUUUCUUUACCAAGAUGUCAGCAGGAAUUGGCUUAGGAAUUUCUGCAGCAGGCCUGGAGUUUACUGGAUACAAGCCAGGGAUAUGCAGACAAUCCGACGAUGUGAUCCUCACACUUAAAAUCCUCAUUGGAGCAGUCCCUGCUAUCCUCAUCCUUGUAGGUUUAUUUAUUCUUCUUUUCUACCCAAUCACUGAAGAAAGUCGGAAAGAAACAAAGCUUGCGCUUAAAGUGUUAAGAAGGAGCCAUCAAAGCACAGAGAACCUGGAUGACCACAAAGAGGACACCUCGGUCUGA